UAAAACCCUACUCAAACGAACGAAGCUCAAUUGCUCCAUCAAAACGACAUCUCAACUUUCGUAUCAGAAACAACUUGCUCAAAGCGACACAAGAGAAGAGCUUCCAUGGAGAACGGAGAUAUACCCGAGGAUGCCAACGAGCAUUGCCCAGGUCCUCAGUCUGAUUCUGCUGGAAAAUCUGAUGCAUGUGAAGGUUGCCCAAAUCAGCAAAUUUGCGCCACUGCCCCUAAAGGACCUGACCCUGAUAUGGUUGCCAUUGCCGAAAGAAUGGCCACUGUGAAACAUAAGAUACUGGUCUUGUCAGGAAAGGGAGGUGUUGGCAAGAGCACAUUUUCUGCCCAGCUGGCAUUUGCGUUAGCUGCAAGGGAUUUUCAAGUUGGUCUUCUGGACAUUGAUAUUUGUGGUCCAAGCAUCCCAAAGAUGCUUGGCCUAGAAGGUCAAGAGAUACACCAGAGCAACCUUGGUUGGUCCCCUGUCUAUGUUGAGUCUAAUCUUGGGGUCAUGUCAAUUGGGUUCAUGCUUCCUCAUCCAGACGAAGCUGUUAUAUGGAGAGGUCCACGCAAAAAUGGGCUUAUCAAGCAGUUUUUAAAAGACGUUUAUUGGGGUGAACUUGAUUUUCUAAUUGUUGAUGCUCCACCUGGAACCUCAGAUGAACACAUUUCAAUUGUUCAAUGCUUGGAUGCUGCUAAUGUAGAUGGUGCAAUCAUAGUUACCACUCCUCAACAAGUCUCUCUCAUUGAUGUGAAAAAAGAAGUGAAUUUUUGCAAGAAAGUUGGAGUGAAAGUUCUUGGGGUUGUAGAGAAUAUGAGUGGCCUGUCCCAGCCCAUCUCAAAUCUCAAGUUUAUGAAGAUUACAGAUAAUGGUGAGAUGAAAGAUGUUACGGAGUGGAUAUCGGAGUACAUGAAAGAAAAAGCGCCCGAAAUGCUGAAUUUAAUCGCCUGCAGUGAAGUAUUUGAUAGUAGCGGUGGUGGAGCGUUGAAGAUGUGUAACGAGAUGGCGGUACCCUUUCUUGGUAAGGUUCCUUUAGAUCCACAGCUUUGCAAGGCAGCCGAAGAAGGCAGAUCCUGCUUUGCAGAUAAAGAUUGUGUUGUGAGCGCUCCAGCGUUACAAAAGAUUAUAGAUAAGCUGAUGGAAACUAGUGGGCUGUCAAUGACGGAAAGUAAUGGAGUGUAGCAGAUUUACUUAUGUUCGUCUUUGUAAAUUGAAACCUAAUUGACAGAAAAUUCGUUUCUGUCUAAAGCCAUGUAAAAUUAAGUUUUAUGGGGUUGAGGCAAUUUGAGAGCAGAAGAAGUAUUGUUUUCUAGAAAGGUAUUUGACAGUGUAGUUUACAUUCAUAUUCACAGUAAAAUAAAGUUAUCCAGUUUGUUUGUGACAUUGUAGAUUCUAUUAUAUCUGAAAUGUUUAUUUGGACUUUAGAUUUCUGCUA